AUUUAUCCUUUUAGGUAAUAAUGGAAAAGGAAAGUCUCUGGCAUUCUUCUUUAAGGGAAACCUGGGAACCUGAUAAUUGGUUAGAGGGCCAACAGAAAAACCAGGAUAGACAUCUGGGUCAAGUGGCAGUUACCCAUAAGGGAAAUCUCACGGAGAGGAAGGUAUGUAGAGGUAAUGAAUUUGAAAGAUGUUCCAAUCAGGGUUCAAUCAUUGAUAUACAACAAAGUACUCCUAUGGGAAAAAGGCCCUGUUAUCAGAAUUCACAUGGAAAAGAUAAACAAAAUUCUGAAUUAAUUAAGAUUCAAAGAAUGUUUGUAGGGAAGAAAAUGUAUGAAUGUAAUGAAUGCAGGAAAGCCUUCAGCCAGAGCUCAUCCCUUCUUAAGCACCAGAGGAUUCAUACUGGGGAGAAGCCCUAUAAGUGUAAUGUAUGUGGGAAGCACUUCACUGAACGUUCCUCUCUUACUGUACAUCAAAGAAUUCAUACUGGAGAGAAACCCUACAAAUGUAAUGAAUGUGGCAAAACCUUCAGUCAAAGCAUGAACCUUACUGUUCAUCAAAGAACUCAUACUGGAGAAAAACCCUAUCAAUGUAAUGAAUGUGGGAAAGCUUUUACCCAAAGUAUGAAUCUCACAGUGCAUCAAAGAACUCAUACAGGAGAAAAACCCUAUGAAUGUAAUGAAUGUGGGAAGUCUUUCAGUCAAAGUAUGCACCUUAUUGUACAUCAGAGAAGUCAUACAGGAGAGAAACCCUAUGAGUGUAGUGAAUGUGGAAAAGCCUUCAGUAAGAGCUCAACUCUUACCCUGCAUCAACGAAAUCACACUGGAGAAAAACCCUACAAAUGUAACAAAUGUGGGAAAUCCUUUAGCCAAAGUACAUACCUUAUAGAACAUCAGAGACUUCAUUCUGGAGUAAAACCUUUUGAAUGUAAUCAGUGUGGAAAAGCUUUCAGUAAGAAUUCAUCUCUCACUCAGCAUCGGAGGAUUCAUACUGGAGAGAAGCCUUAUGAAUGUAUCAUUUGUGGAAAGCAUUUUACUGGACGAUCAUCGCUUACUGUACAUCGGGUUAUUCACACUGGAGAGAAACCUUAUGAAUGCAAUGAAUGUGGAAAGGCCUUCAGCCAGAGUGCAUACCUUAUUGAGCAUCAAAGAAUUCAUACUGGUGAGAAACCCUAUGAAUGUGAUCAGUGUGGUAAAGCCUUCAUUAAGAAUUCAUCCCUUGUAGUGCACCAGAGAACUCAUACAGGAGAGAAACCCUAUCGGUGUAGUGAAUGUGGGAAAGCCUUUAGUCGGAGUACAAACCUUACACGGCAUCAGAGAACUCAUACAUGAGGAAAGUUUUCACUGGGCUCGUUAUGAUGAACUCUUCAGUGAUAAUCAGAUAUAUCAUGUCAUGUAGAAACCAAUAAAUGUAAUGAUUUUAGGAAUCUUUUAGUUGAAGUAUAUUAUACCAUAUCCGAUGAUACAGACCACUGCAGAGGAACCAUAUAAAAGUGGAAAAUCUUGAUUGAAUUAGAAAGUAAAACUUUGCAUCCGAAGGCUUAAGUAGCUGAUAUUCUAAACAAUGAGGAUUCAUGCUGAAGAUAAGUUCUGUUGUGUCAUACUGCAGAUUCUCCUUUGGAUGUCAGAGAUUUCACAUCAGAGAGAAUAUGUGAGAGUGCUUAACUGGACAGCCCAAAGACCUGGUAUGUACUCUGAUCUGUCACUAACUUGGACAAGUCACCAACUUUCACCAGGUCACAGUACCCUUAUUUGAUAAAUGAGGGAUUUUGGAUUUAGAAGAUCUCCAGGAUCCCUUUUAGCUCUAUAAAGCAACAAACCUGUAAAUAUAAUGAAUGUUGGGACAUCCUUAAUCUUUUACCACAUUAUGUAUGUUAUUAGAUGCUACUAUUUUGCAGUCUGGUUUCUCUGGAUGAUGUGAGUUAAAAUUCUCUAUCUCUACCAAAUCCUAUUAUUCUCCCACGCCUACCCCCUUCUCCUUGCAUUAUUUUCUCCUCUAAACAUAGGCUGGUUGCAAACAGGUGAUGGAAUAAUUGUACAAAUCUUAAUGCAAUGGUAUGCUGUUUUGAGUCCUCAAUUAACAGUCAUUAAAUUGUUGUUAAAUAAGCUAAUUACUUAGAAAAUAAUAUAACUUAUAGUCUUUUCCUAGGACUCAAAUACAUAUCUUUGUAUCAUACUGACAAUCAAGUGAAAAGGAAGCUAGGCUGAACACUAAUAGAAAUAAAAAUCUCACAUUAACAAAAUCUUUGUAAUUCAAACAUAUGCAAAACAAUCAUGGAGAUUUUAUAGACCUAUAGUAAAGACAAUUUUAUUUCACACACAUUUAAUACGUGCUAUAAACAUGUGUUAGGCAUGAUUAGAAAAUCAAAAUAAAUAUGAUACAUUCUUGUUUUCCAAGGUUUAAACUGAGAAAGUGACAGUGAGAUGGGAGAGGAAGAAUUCAGGCAAAAAUGAGACAGAAUCUAUAUCAGUGGUUCUCAAUCUUGGCUGCACAUUAGAAUCACCUG